AUGAGGAGCUCGCCGGAGUGGCAGAGGCUGUGGGAGGGGAGGAAACUUUUGCCCAUCUACUCGAAGCAAGAAGAGAUGCUGUCGGCCAUCCGCAGCAACACCGUCACCAUCAUCGUGGGAGAGACAGGAUGCGGCAAGUCUACUCAGGUCCCCCAGAUGAUCCUGGACGAGUUUCUGUCGCAGCGUCGAGGGGAGGGCUGCAGGAUCAUCUGCACUCAGCCUCGACGAGUCGCAGCUAUAGGGGUGGCAGAACGAGUGGCGGCAGAGCGAGGAGAGACUCCGGGAGCAGGGGGAGCGCUCUGUGCCCACCAGAUCCGCAUGGAGAGCACGAGGACGGAGGACACGAGGAUCUUGUUCUGCACUACAGGGAUCCUUCUUCGGAGGCUGCAGGACGAUCCGCAGCUGGAGGGCAUCAGCCACGUCAUCGUAGACGAGGCGCACGAGCGAGACGUGCUGUGCGACUUCUUGCUGGUGAUCCUGCGGGGGAUGGUGGAAAGAAGGCCCGACAUGCGCCUGGUGAUCAUGUCGGCGACCAUGGACGCUGAUCGCUUCUCCCGCUACUUCUUUGACGCUCCCGUCUUCACGGUCCCCGGGAGGACGUUCCCUGUAGAGGAUCUCUUCCUCGAGGAUGUUCUGGAGCUGACGGGCCACCGGAUCGUGGAGGGGCACCCGUGCGCCAUCGUGAAUAGAGCGGCAGUGCGGGGGAUGGCGAAGAUGACGAUCUCGACUCGAGGAGGAAACUCAGCGCAAGUGAUGGAGCAGUGGGAUGAGGACGAGCUCGACGGACUGGGGCCGACCAACGACGCCGAGUCAACGAGGUUAAGCUUGAGGAGGGUGGACGAGGAGAAGAUCAACUACGACCUGAUCUGCGACGUCCUCCUCUUGCUCCGAAAGUCCCUUGAUGACGAAAAGGCGUCACCGGGUGGAGUUCUGAUCUUCCUGCCCGGCAUCGGAGAGAUCAUGCAGCUGUACGACCAGCUCAUGGCUAGCUCGGUCUUCUCGGACAGGAAGAAGUUUGUCGUCCAUGCAGCGCACAGCUCGUUGCCUCCCGAAGAGCAGCGGAGGAUCUUCGUGAAGCCGCCUCCUCACGUGCAGAAGAUCGUGAUCGCGACCAACAUCGCCGAGACCUCCAUCACCAUCGACGACAUUGCCUAUGUCAUCGACACGGGGCGCGUGAAGGAGACGAGGUACAACGAGCGUGCCAAAAUGAGGCUGCUGGUUGAGACGUGGAUCGAUCGAGCCUCGAUGCGGCAGCGAGCAGGGCGAGCAGGGCGAGUGCAGGCGGGCAAGUGCUUCCACCUCUACACCCGCGUGCGGUCUGCCUCCUACUUCGAUGAGCACAAGACCCCCGAGAUGCGCCGCGUGCCGCUGGAGGAGCUCUGCCUGCAGAUCCUGUCCAUGGGGCACCGAGACGUCGCGUCCUUCCUCGGGUCCGCCCUUGACCCUCCGAGUGAGACUGCGGUGAAGGUCGCCAUGCAGACGCUCUCGGACGUGCAGGCGGUAGACGAGGAGGGGGGGCUAACGGCGCUAGGUCAGCACCUGUCGCGCCUCCCGGUCGACCCUCACAUCGGCAAGCUGCUCAUUAUGGGAUGUAUCUUCUCCUGCCUCAACCCUAUCCUCACCAUCGCCGCCUGCUGCAGCUACAAGAUGCCCUUCCUGACCUCCAUCGAACGUAGAGGACUCGUCGACGACGCCAGGAAGAAACUCGCUGGUCAGCACCCGGUAUCAGACCUGCUUGUGGCUUCUGCAGCGUACGACAUGUGGGUCGAAGCGAGCAGAGGGGAAAAGGGGAAGCAGCAGCAGGUGUGCAGGCAGUACAGCAUGAGCCAGGCGACCCUCAUCCAGAUCAGAGAUCUGCGAUCCCAGUUCAAAGACCUGUUACGAUCCAUCGGCUUCAUCAACAAAGUGGGGGACGUGGACGAGGACAAGGCGAGCAACGCCAACAGCAGGAGCAAGCCCAUCCUCUGCUCCAUCAUCUUCGCUGGCCUCUACCCCAACCUCGUGCAGGUACAGGAAGGGGAUAGAGGAGGAGGAAGCAACCGAGACAUCCUGCUCAGAGGGCCCGACGGCUCGAAGGGGCUCGUGCUGCACAGGUCGAGUGUCAUGAACGGGCAGGGACAAGCGUGCGCGCGAGGAGCUCUGGUGACGUACCACCAGAAGAUGGCGACUUCUCGCCCCUACGUCAUGGACGCGACCAUCGUUCACGGCAACGCAGCCCUGCUGUUCGGGGGAAAGCUCGUGCUCGAUCACAUCCAAGGCGUUGUCUCCUUGGAUGGAUGGCUCCAGCUGAAGGUACCUGCCCGCACAGCUGUCAUCGUCAAGGAGCUGAGAAAAGAGCUCGAGCGAGUCCUGACCGUGAAAGUGCGUCACCCCCGCAUGGAUCUUUCCAAGGAGUCCUCCUCCCUCGUCCAGGCAGUCGUCCUGCUUCUCAAGGACGCAGUGGCUUCCUCUUCCUCCUGA